AUGGCUACUAUAGGUCCCAAGAAGGAUGGGGGGCCGAAUGUCGAUUAUUUUCAGUCAUCAGAUUCACUAUCACAGUUUGACCAAAUUCGUGUUUGGUUGCAAAAAAACUGCAAAAAGCAUGUUCAAACUGAUCCUCCAACAAAAGAGGGUUUGGCUCAACUGGUCAUACAACUUAUCCAGUAUCAAGAAAACAAACUUGGGAAAAAUGCUUCUGAUCCACCCUUCUUGAGGCUUCCGGUUGUACAUGUGGUUUUACCACAUUUUAACCAUGUAUUAAUCAGGGCCCUGUUCAGAUUAUUUUAA